CCACUUGUCCGUGGAGUCACUCAGUGUUUGCCUAGAUGCUGAGUGGUUCGCUACUCUCGGCUCCUCUGAACAGGGAAAAAGGCGGGCGCUCUUAUAUACAUACUGCACUGCACGUUUAGGGGGAAAAACAAAACUCUCCAUCUCGUUUGGCCGUCGCCAAAUAUUGACUGAUUGGACACGGGAGCGACGAAAACCAGAAGCCAGCACAUGACUUUGUUUUUCAACUGUUGUCCUGCUGUUUGUCUCUUGACAGUUUCAGUUCUCUUUGAUUGUUGACUGAUACAACCUUGUGUUCCAACAGCCUCGUUACAUCGUCCUGUCGUGUCGGGCAGUGAGUCUUGGAACUAGUCGUUUUGUUUGAACGGGAAAAUCUUUGGAAAACAUUUGUCCAACAUAAUAGAAGUGUGCGCAACUCCCCGUUUUUUUGUCUUGUGGCCUACAGUGUAUGUCUAUCGUUAUUGUGUUGCGCACCGGAUGACAGGGAAAUCACAAGAUCUUGUACUCUUUUUGACUCUAAAGUCAAGAGUGGCUGGGGCCAUCCCGGUGUGUUGAAGAUGGCAACAGCAGCAGCUGCGACCAUCUGCAGCCCGUUGACUUGAAGUUCCAGUCAGUGUAAAAAGAAAAGAAAAAGAAAGAAAAAAAGGCUGUAUGCGCACAUAAACAAACUUGGUCGAAAAGACAGUGAGAGAGAGAUCUCAACAAAACCGUUGCCCGCUUCUUCUUCAUCUCCUUUUUUUUCCGUUGUUGUUGUUGUUGUAGUUGUUGGAGGCUCCUGUUGUUUUUUCUCCUGGGCCAAGUGUCUUCGAGCAUCGCCAGCGAGCUCAGCGCCGCUCUCUCAUCAUGAGGUGGGUGACGGCACCCGACCGGACGAUACUCUGGACGCUGCUGCUCCUUUCGUUGGCGGCAACUUUGGUUCUGGCGUCACACGAGUCCCACUCGGGAAACCGUCGCAACGGAUCCAAAGGGCGGAAGCGCAAUGGAGGGCGCUCACGUACCAGCACCACAAUUGCGCCAACUCCGCCAUUGGAAUUCCUGAACGAAACUUCCAGUAGUAGCUCGUUCUUCGAUGGCGACGACGAAGUGGACGUCGAAGCGGCGGCUCAACACCAACAAGACCAGCCUCCCGGAGGAGUUGAAACGUGUGAAGUGGCCCGACUCAAAUGCGCCUACCGUGUCGGCUGCGGAAUGGCUCUACAGAAUUACAUGGUUGGUUGUUCGGACGUGAUUACGGGGUCUUCGCAACGCUGCUCCGACCACUGCCGCAACUCGCUGAUAGCUCUGACCAGCACCGAGGAAGGCGAAGCUCUCAUGAAGUGCAAGUGCGGAGAUACGUUUUGUAAAGACGCCAAACGGCGCAUCGACAUCUGCCGCAGUGCCGUACUGCGCGCCACGCAUAACAGUACCACCGUUUCGUGCAGUGUGGCGCAAUGGAUUUGCAUAGCCGAUCCGCUCUGCUCGACGGCGCUCGACUACUACAACCGAUUCUGUCGCUCCAUGUUCGCCGGAAAGAAGUGCACUCUGCGCUGCAAGAAUUCCAUCUCCAUUCUGCGACGCCAGGAAAAGGCGGCCAAAUUGAGCACGUGCGUGUGCGACGGCUCUGAGGAUUACGACUGCCCAUCGAUUCUGGACAACAUGGACCGGCUGUGUUUCCACAAGGCGCGGUCGUCGUCGACGUCGACGUCGACAACGACGGCCGCCACCAUCUCACAUCAUCACCACACGACAAUCAUCACGGCGGAGGGGGGCGGGCUAGGGGUGGAGGAGCGCAACGACACCAGCAGCAACAGCGGCGGGAUCGGCGACCGCGACCGGACAGGGCACGGGCACGGCAGCGGCCACCACCCCGACCAUCAGCCCCACGGAGCCAAAACACGGCCCCAUCAUCCGCACCAUCCGGAAGCGACGGCGGUGGUGCCAGACGCGGAAGACAUCGAAACCAACGAGGUCGAAAUCAGACAAUCUCCGUCGCCACCGACGGCCCGCUCGCCUAGUCGCGCCUCUUCCUCGCUGCCCAGCGCUCCUUACUGGCUCCUGUUGUCGGCCGUCUCCUGGUUGAGUGGCCGCCUGCUGCUUUAAGUUUCUCUCUUCUCAUUUCAUCGCGCCAGCACAAGCCCAUCCAGUUUCUCUUUUCUUCCUUCGCCUUUUCUCGUUGCUGCUGUUGUUGUAUUUACCGCUCCGAGCUCCGACCGUCUCACCAACAACGCCAAGAUGGAAAAACAAAAAAACGGUGACUCAUCGUCCCGCGCGCCCGUCCCAGCUGGAAAAAUAUGAUUUGGCCGUCACGUUUCUGCACACAUCAAAUUGAAAUGGUCGUGAGCUUGAGUGGGCGCGCGCUUUGACUGGACAACUUCACCAGGCGACAAUUAAUCAGCGUUGACGUGAAGCGGAGUCAAAAAAGAAAACUUGAAAAUAAUAAUAACAAACAAGAAUGUAGACAAAAGGAUGGUAUAGAUAUAGCUUGUUGCAUGUGUCUGUCGCAUUUGUGUAUUUGUGGGAGCGAGGGACGGUCGUGAGCAGCCAGGGGAGCAAAUCGCUGCGUACAGCGUCGUCUAUAUAAACGAAAUAAACAAGAUUUCGGUCGUCGUGCGGAGACCAUGCUGCAAGAGCUAGCGCUAAAGAGAUUGAACAGAAAUGCUUGGUACUGUAUACAUUGAACUUUGUUGGACACAAAAGAAAAAAAAAAAUACAAAAAAAAAAACCAAGUGAUCCACUCCAACUGUGAUAUGGCAACAUCGUCGUUUGGCGCGAACAAAUGCGCUGGUCGACGUUUUUUUGGCCAGACAGCGGCAACAAGAAAAUCAACACGUGUGUUAUAUACCAGGGGCCUAUUAAACUAUGACGGCAUUUCGUGAGAAUACUAAAAAUAAAAAUAAAAAAACCACUUGCCACUCCUUCACGGACGCAGGGAAUAAUAUGACUACAAAUGUAUCGCUGCUGUAGACUUUGCAGCGCUAUACAGCACGCCGGAAUUUUUUGAAAUGUCAUUGUCAUUUAUCCGUACCGCUGUUGAUGUUAUAACAAUGAUAUUUUCUGUGUACAUAUUUAUGUGAUGCUGUAUUGCGUGCUGUGUGUAAACGAAUAAGGUGAACUAUGCAACUUCAUCGUGCCAACUGCCAAUAAUGUAUGUAUCAUUCACAUGUUGCUGCUUGUUCACUUGUGAUCCAUCAAUUUGGCACAUUUUCUACAAUUUUCGCACAAUUUUUUUUUCCCGCAAUUAAAAUUUGUCUACCAACAUCGCCCAUAUAGUGUGUACAAUCGUACGCGGACCCUAUACUCUAAUAUGCCCAAUAAUAUGCUUUGAUGUGUUCCGAUUCUUCCUCACUGUGAACUGGAAUCAUUUAUUUAGAUGAGAAUACAUUUAUCUACAGUA